UGCCCCGGCCCCGCUCGCCCGUGCCCGCGGCUGAGCCCGCCAUGCCUGGCUUCGACUACAAGUUCCUGGAGAAGCCCAAGCGGCGGCUGCUGUGCCCGCUGUGCGGGAAGCCCAUGCGCGAGCCCGUGCAGGUCUCCACCUGCGGCCACCGCUUCUGCGACACCUGCCUGCAGGAGUUCCUCAGUGAAGGAGUCUUCAAAUGCCCCGAGGACCAGCUUCCUCUGGACUAUGCCAAGAUCUACCCAGACCCAGAGCUGGAGGUCCAGGUGCUAGGUCUGUCUAUCCGCUGCAUCCACAGUGAAGAGGGCUGCCGCUGGAGUGGGCCACUCCGUCAUCUACAGGCCCACCUGAAUACUUGCAGUUUCAAUGUAGUCCCCUGCCCCAAUCGCUGCCCUUCCAAGCUGAGCCGCCGCGAUCUGCCUGCACACUUGCAGCACGACUGCCCCAAGCGGCGCCUCAAAUGCGAGUUCUGUGGCUGUGACUUCAGUGGGGAGGCCUAUGAGAGCCAUGAGGGCAUGUGCCCCCAAGAGAGCGUGUACUGUGAGAACAAGUGUGGUGCCCGCAUGAUGCGGCGUCUGCUGGCCCAGCAUGCCACCUCUGAGUGCCCCAAGCGCACCCAGCCUUGUGCCUACUGCAGCAAGGAGUUUGUCUUUGACACCAUUCAGAGUCACCAGUACCAGUGCCCACGGCUGCCUGUGUCCUGCCCCAACCAGUGUGGUGUGGGCACCGUGGCUCGGGAGGACCUGGCAGGCCAUUUGAAAGACAGCUGCAGCACCGCCUUGGUACUCUGCCCAUUCAAAGAUUCUGGCUGUAAACACAGGUGCCCUAAGCUGGCAAUGGCACGACACGUGGAGGAGAGUGUGAAGCCUCAUCUGGCUAUGAUGUGUGCUCUGGUAAGCCGGCAGCGGCAGGAGCUGCAGGACCUUCGCAGAGAGCUGGAGGAGCUAUCAGUGGGCAGUGAUGGUGUGCUCAUCUGGAAGAUUGGCAGCUAUGGGCGGCGACUACAGGAGGCCAAGGCCAAGCCCAACCUUGAGUGCUUCAGCCCAGCUUUCUACACACAUAAGUAUGGUUACAAGCUGCAGGUGUCUGCGUUCCUCAACGGCAACGGCAGUGGCGAGGGCACACAUCUCUCGCUGUACAUUCGUGUACUGCCAGGUGCCUUUGACAAUCUCCUUGAGUGGCCCUUUGCCCGACGUGUCACUUUCUCCCUGCUGGAUCAGAGCGACCCUGGGCUGGCCAAGCCACAGCAUGUCACUGAAACCUUCCACCCUGACCCAAACUGGAAGAAUUUCCAAAAACCUGGCACUUGGAGAGGCUCCCUGGAUGAGAGUUCUCUGGGUUUUGGAUACCCCAAGUUCAUCUCCCAUCAAGACAUCCGAAAGCGAAACUAUGUGCGAGAUGAUGCUGUCUUCAUCCGUGCCUCUGUUGAACUGCCCCGGAAGAUCCUCAGCUGAGUGCAGAGCUGGGGAGCUCCAGGGGUAUAAGGGAUAGGACAUGACCUCAGUCAGGCACUGGCCGAAACUGGAGAGGGGGCUGGCCCCCCUUUCUGCUACUUCUGCCUAGGUUCUGUUACCCUGUUCUUCCCCUACCACCACCCUCAGGUGCCUCCAAUCGGUGCUUCAUCCCUGAUCCCUGGAGGGAGCAGGUCUCGGGAUUAUCAAGGGCUGGAAACAAGUGAUCCCCAGGGCCUGUCUCCCUUCCUGGGCAGGGCAGACAUGCCUUGGUGCCAGCCACAUUCUACCUGGACUGAGGCACCUGCUCAGGUGCUAUGUCCCAAGAGCCAUAGGGGGGAGUUGGGAAAUGGAGGGGUAGUUAAAAGAAUCUGCCUUGAGAUUAAUUUUUUUUCCCCUUUCUCCAGCUGUGGCCCUUCUGGUUAUUUAUUUCUUUAGUGCUAGGAGGUCACAGCAGGGGAGCUCUGAUUUUUAAUAAACCCUGAGUUGUAUUUAUUAA